UUGAAUCGCUGCUUCUCUGUUCGCACCUCCUCACGACUCCAGCCAGAGAUUGGAGGCCAACAGCGCACAUGGGGAGGUGGCAGGCAGGCAGGACGCGAGGUUCAAAUGGCUGCUCACAACACAAGUGCCAUUGCAGCUCAGCAAUCACACGCCUGCUGCUCUUGUGGCUUCGGAUGGAUUCGCAAUACGAUUGGGCUCCGCACCUGCUUCUCCUACUCCGACUUGUGCUCCACGGACUCGCACCAUUACGGCGAGAUGGUGCACAGCUCACCCACGCAGAGGCUGCUGACGUGGCGGAGGCGUGCGAGAGGCUGCAGGCAAGGCUGCACUAUGCACCCACCAGCGCCUCUCCACAGGACCACUUUCCCUCCUUCCUCCCUUUCCCCCAGCUCCAACCCUGCUUCGCCCACAUCCCUCCUCCCUGCAUCCGUGUCACCAACGCACUGAAACCGUCCUUUCCCCAACUCCCCCCCUCAGCCUCGCACCUGCUUCUCCUAUACCCGCUUCUGGCCCACAGCUCUGCUGCACGGCACCCGCCUCUCCCACAACCACAAGUCCGUAGCCACCUCUGCCCCACUGCUGUACCCUGCCUCCCCAUACCCUCUCCCUUCCCCCCUUUCUCCAUCCACCCCCCAGCGCUGCACUGCACCUGUUGCUCCAUUCUUCCGACGUCUGGCCUGCGGAUCUGCGGCCUUAUGGUUUGCGGAAGGCCACAUAGCUCUCGUCUCACCCACGCUCUGUCCCUUCUGCUCCCCUUCCCACCUCCUCCAACCCUUCCUCAGUCGUUCCGCCAGCUCCACACUGCACCUGCUUCUGCUGCCCUGGUUGAUGGCCUGAGAUCCCCGACUGCUGACGUGGCGGAGGUGGGCGAUAGGCGUUGGCGGCAGCAAUGGCGGCAGCAAUGGCAGUGGCGGGGAGCACGGGGAGGAGGGUGGGAAGGGGGUCGAAGGGGCGGUGAAAGGAGGCUGCUGAUGGGGCUGGACAAGCUUGAAGUCGCCAAGGUGACACGCUCUGAGGGGUGGAUAUGCGUGCGAGAUUCACUUGAGAGAAAAGGGGGGAGAAGGGCUCCGCACCUGCUUCUCCUACACCAACUCACGGAUUCAUCGACUCCCGUCGGCGCGGGCGCGCUGUUCACUGGCAACCUGUGGGCUGCUGACGUGGCGGAGGAGUGCGAGAGGUGGGGGGCUGCUGUGUGCCCCGUGGCAACGUUGCUGUCACAGACGAGCAAUGGGGCAGGUGUGUUGUUCGGGUUUGGAUGGUGUAGCAGUGGGCUGUUUGACACUUUAUGA